UCAGCAACCUGGUUCUUUCCAUCUUUCUCUCACAGUGAGUCCCUGUGGCCAGUCGAGGCCAGAAACGCAGCCAUUGCCAAUCAUUGCUUCACCUGUGCCAUCAACCGCGUGGGUGAGGAGCACUUCCCGAAUGAGUUUACCUCUGGAGAUGGAAAGAAAGCUCACCAGGACUUUGGCUACUUUUAUGGUUCAAGCUAUGUGGCAGCCCCUGACAGCAGCCGGACUCCCGGGCUGUCCCGUAGUCGGGAUGGGCUUCUGGUUGCUGAGCUCAACCUCAACCUCUGCCGGCAGAUGAGUGAUGUCUGGAACUUCAAGAUGACGGGCAGAUAUGAGAUGUAUGCGCAGGAGCUUGCUGAGGCUAUCAAACCCAACUACAGCCCCACCAUUGUGAAAGAAUAGCUGGCUUCAGCCCCUGCCUGCCUUAGGGCUGCUGCUGAGGGUGAACAGCCACAGUAGCCCAGUGGACACCAUCAGGGUUCAGCUUAGUUGAGCCAUUAGUAAACCAGGUCCAGGCAUUAAGAAGAACCUCUGUGAAUUGAGGUCCCCGUUGAGCCAGUGGCUUUGCUUUGGUGAAGUGGGGGAUAUAAGUUUCCCCCAAAGGGUUAGCUGCCGAUUUUUUCAUGUAAAGCUGAGAUGUCACCAGGGCCAGGAUAGCUGCAUUCUUGAAUAUGCCAUUUCCAUUUUA